GCCUGAGUUUAUAUCUGGAGGCAGGAUCAGACUUGUGUAAAUCAUUGAGCAGCCUCUUUUUGCACAGUUCCUUCUGUGUAUUAUAGUGUUGCAGUCUCCAGUUUCUUCUUCUGUUUGGCAGUUCAGGGUAAUGAGGAUAAAAUGCACGUAAUAACCAGAAGCUGUGUCCUAUUUUUCUGGAUGCACACGCUGACCUUCGUCAAAAGUCAAGAACCUCUCCCAGAUUGUACACUUCAAGAUUUUCUAAAUGGGCCCUUGUUUGAUUCCAAUUUCGACACAACUGGUCUGGAGGCCAGUUACGUCGCCGGGAAACAAAUAAGCGUGAGCUGCAAUACUGGUUACAGUGGUUUUCAACUGCUCUGUAUCGAGGGUAAAUGGCAGUCGAGAGGCACGAAAUGUCAACCCCAACAGUGCCCAGUGAUCCACGUGAGCAACAACGUGCAGGUGAUCGGGGACCCGGAGGAAGCAAACGUUGGCAACGUUGUUCGAUUUAGCUGCAAGUCCAACUCGGAGAUCCUGAGUGGGUCACAAGAGAUCUACUGUAAUGAAAACGGAGAGUGGAGCGGAGAAGCUCCGACAUGUAAAGCUCCUCUGGCUUGUGAGCAACCACCGCCUCUUGAAAACGGAGACACCAAGAACUCUAUGAAGUUCAGCUACAGACAGAAUGAAAGGGUUGAAUACAUCUGUCAGAAUUACCACACCAUGCAGGGAGGACCCUUGAAAACGUGCAACAACGGUGAAUGGACCGGAGAGAUAAUAUGCCUCAAACCCUGCACUGUGGACGAAGAAGCUAUGAGGGGACGUAACAUUAGGUUCAGAUACGGCCGAAAGGAUAAACUGUAUGCAGCCCACGGUGAUGAGAUCGAGUUCAGCUGCACCAGAGGAAGACCUGUCGGCUCCCUGGGGAUGCGUCCGUGCCUCGACGGCGUGGUGCACCUGCCCUCGUGCCAAUAA